AUGGAGUCCACGAACAACAACCAAAAAACAACGCAGACUCCACCCACAUCAUCGAAUGUUGUUCACAAUAACGAUAAUGGUUUCCAACAACAACAAAACCAUUAUUCUCCGUCGGUCCGAUCGAAAGCGAUGACGUUGCUCUUCGCCGCUUUUUUGUGCGCGAUUUCCUUGUUCUUAUCCACCAACGACGCUUCCUCUUUAGUGGACGUGGAAUCGAUUGAAGAUGGGCGGAUAAUGAGAGAAGGGGUGGACGUCGAAGAGGCGGAAAAGGAAAGCGAGGUGGAUAAGUUCGGGUUCGAGAGCAAAGAAGAAGAAGCAGAGGAGAUAGAGGUAGAAGAAAAAGAAAACAAAUACAGAAAAGAAGAACAUGAUGAAUCCGUGCUGCGAGUAUUCGAAACAUCGAACGAUGGUGAAAGUAUUAACAUGACUCCGCCGGAUAUCGAUUACGAAAACGCAAACAAAAAGAUAGUUUUAGUCGGGAACGGACGAGGGGUUUUGAAAUCCCGUAAAGGCGAGAAAAUAGACAACGAACACGACAUCGUCGGCCGGUUCAAUUUUUUCGUCACGAAAGGGUACGAGCGAGACGUCGGGCGCAAAUUGGAUUUAUGGUUUUUGAACAAGCUGAAAUUGCCCGGCAACGCUCGGUUUCGCGGCUCGACGACGACUGGGAAAUCAAAAAUGAAUUUAAAAAUGAAACCAACGAUGGGGUAUUACAUCCCAGUUGCGUUCGAGGUAUCACCGCAGUGUCAAAAGAAACGAGGUCCGGGCGCGAAGACGUGCGUUCCAACCUCUAAAAACAAACGCGCCAUCGAAUCCGAGAAACGCGUGUUAUCCCGAGCGUACGCCAGGUUUAAAAUCCAUCCCGAGUUCGUCCCAGAAGUCUACCAAAGACUAUUACACGUCAAAUACGACUUCCGACACCGAUUCCCGUCCACUGGUAUUCUCGCUUUAGUCUACUGCUUAGAGAGAUUCCCGAACAGCACCGUCUCUUUGCACGGGUUUGAUUUCGUCGGCGAAACGCCAAAAAUCGGCCACUACUGGGAGAAGAUAUUCAAGCUCAGAACGGUGCACUCGCUCAAGUUGGAGAAGCAGUUCGUCGGGAAACUGAUUCAAACGGGAAGGGUGAGCAUUUUGUAG